GCCCUGCGGACGUGCGCUCGCUGCCUUCGCGACGCCGGGGCCCUGGGAUGCGCGGCUGCCCGGCCCUCGCCAACUCCAGACAUCUGUGGCAUUUAAGAACACUAUGGAGCUUAUAAGAGUAUAUCACUGAAGAAUAUGAUGGCUGAAAACAAUUUUAAAAUGCUAAAGAUUCAGCAGUGUGCAGUAGCCAACAAACUACCUAGAAAUAGGCCAUAUAUUUGCAAUAUUUGCUUCAAGCACUUUGAAACACCAUCAAAAUUAGCAAGACAUUAUCUCAUUCAUACUGGUCAAAAGCCAUUUGAAUGUGAUGUGUGUCAUAAAACUUUUAGACAACUAGUUCAUCUAGAGAGACAUCAACUAACUCAUAAUCUGCCUUUUAAGUGUAAUAUUUGUCAACGUCACUUUAAGAAUCUGAAGACAUUUGUGAAGCACCAACAGCUCCACAGUGAAACCUACCAGAAUGAUGUUAAACAUGGCAGAAGAGUGCUGGAGACCAAGCAAGAAAAGCCAGGAUAUGGAAUGUACAGUACUUUCACCACAGAGGAGAGAUGGGCAUUACAUCCAUGCUCUAAGUCUGAUCCUUCAUACAGCUCUACAAAGAAACGAAAGAAUAUCCAUGCUUGUACAAUCUGUGGCAAAAUGUUUCCAUCACAAUCAAAACUGGAUAGGCAUACACUUAUACAUACUGGUCAGAGGCCUUUUAAAUGUGUUCUGUGCAGUAAAUCUUUCCGGCAGUCAACUCAUUUAAAAAUACACCAACUCACACACUCAGAAGAAAGACCUUUUCAAUGUUGUUUUUGUCAAAAAGGAUUCAAGAUUCAAAGCAAACUUCUGAAGCAUAAACAGAUACAUACAAGGAAUAAGACUUUUCAGACUCUUUCUUUAAAGGUGAAGAGCCCAGAAUCAUGUCCGUUGACUAAUAAGUUCAACAUAAAGCAGGAUGGUUUUGAACAUGGCAACACAGGUGAAUCUGACGAUAAUAGUCAACUUGAUAUCCACUCUAUUUAUAUUGUCCCUUUUCAGUGUCCAGAGUGUGAAGAGUGUUUUGAAUCAGAACAGAUUCUCAGUGGACACAAGUGUUUUCCUGCCAGAGGUGGCAAAAUUCCAAGCAAGCUCAAAAGAAGCUACAACUAUAAAACUGUUGUUAAAAAAAUCUUGGCCAAGCUUAAACGUGCUGGGGGUAAGAAAUUAGAUAACUUUCGAUCUGAGAAAAAAGUAUUUAAAAACAGUUUCUUAAAAAAUUGUGAUCUCAUUUCUGGUGAGCAGAGCCCCGAACAAACCCAGAGAAUGUUUAUGAGUUCUCUUGGCAAUCGUGGAACAUAUAAAACAGUUGGCAAUAAAAAAAAGAAAACAUUGACUUUGCCAUUUUCAUGGCAAAAACACUUCCAGAGCCAAAAUACGGGGAAAAGCUUGAAAGGUAUCCUAACAACAGAAAACAUGUUAACUAUGGAUGAUGCAGUGAAUAAUAAAGACAUGUCUGUCUAUGGCUCACCAGGUGAGGAAUUCUUUGAUAACUGCAAAGUGCUUCAAUGUGGGUUUUCGGUUCCAAGUGAAAACAUACAUAGUGGACAUAAGAUGUGUCCUUGUGACAAAUGUGAGAAAGUAUUUCCUUCUGUAUCCAAACUACAAAGACACUACUUAAUUCAUACUGGACAAAGGCCUUUUGGCUGUAAUGUUUGUGGGAAAUCUUUUAGACAGUCAGCUCAUUUGAAAAGACAUAAGUUAACUCAUAUUGAAAAGAUUCCUUAUAGAAGAUCUCUUUGCCAAGUUGAAUUUGAAAAUUUGAAUGAACUUUUCAUUCAUCCAGGUGAUAAUGUUAAUUAUAAUCCUUCCCAACAAUGUCAGACUCUUGGUUUUCAAAAAUAUGAGACCUCAGAGUCAGAUCAAAUAUCAGAAGUAAAAGUUAAGGCAGAAUCUGAAGAUUUAAUUUUUGGUACCCACUGUAGGAACAGACAGCCCUAUCUCUCUAAUGCACUUCUGGAAUCAGAGCAGAGCCAUUACAGUCACUGUUGUAAUUAUUCAGAGCGUACAGAGAGAAAUGAUGGCCUCCUUUACCAAUGCAGUGUUUGUUCUAAAAGUUUUAGAUCUCCAUCCAAAUUGGAGAGACACUAUCUAAUUCAUGCAGGGCAGAAGCCAUUUGAAUGCUCAGUUUGUGGCAAAACAUUCAGACAAGCUCCUCAUUGGAAGAGACAUCAGCUUACUCACUUUAAGGAACGACCACAAGAUAAAAUGGUUGUCUUAAACUCAGUUAUGUAACUAACAGAACCCCUCAUACAUUUGUGGUCUCUGGUGAUCUUGUUUUUGAAGCCUGUAUCAUUUAAAGUAUGUUUCUAUCAAAUGGCUUGCAUUAGGUUAAAUUAUUUCAUAGGCAGUUGCUUGUCAGACAUAGAGAAAGAUAAGACAUGUAGACUCUUAAUAACAAAGUCUUAGAAACAGCCAAAUUAAUUUUUAGAGGGAAGAAUGUGAUUUGGUGCCAAAAAAUAAUCACUUUAAUUUAUACAUUGGCUGUAUGGAAAUUGUUAAUCUAUCCAUGAUGUAUCAAUAAUUCAGCCUUUUGCUUUUUUGUGAAAGAAUUACUCUUGGAGCCAUGUCAUCUCUAAGAUGUUCAAAAGACUGAGAAGCAGAGUUUUGUGGGGUUUUUUAUUGCCAUAAAUAGCCCUACAAGAUUUUACUUAUUUUAUAUUUUGCAUGAAAGCAUAAUUUUGUCCACCUGUAGCUAAAAUAUAUUGCAAAACUUACUCUCAUAUGUUUAAAAUAUAUAAGAGCAAUAAAGUGAAAAUCGAUGAGAAAACCAUACCAUUGUUUUUAUCAAUCUUUCCAAGCUGUUCAUUCUAGGACUUUGGGUAAUUUCACCUCUUUUUUCACAGGUGAUUAAAUUCAUUUUGUGCCCAACCUGUAGCUGUCUUUACCAAGAGAAUUUAUAAGUAAGAAAGAGACUAGGAUGCAUCUCUAUAAAUUUACCAUGUUUACUUAACCAGGUUUAUUGUCCAAGUGCCAUAAUCUUUUAAUAAUAGGUAUGCAGUGUUAUCUUUUAAGAGGAAUAAGUGCAUAUCUUUUAUUUGCUUAUUACUGAUUGACAGUGAUUGUGGUAGACCUCAUCUAUACACCUGCAUCUCUACAAAACUUAUCUGCUUUAGUAAAUGUUCUAAUGUGUCAUUAAUUAAAUGGUUCUGUGACUAUUUUUACCUGUUAAGUUGGAUCAGAUGGCAAUGACUAGAACUAGUUUUCUUCCCUAUAUGUGUUUUCAAGACUAACACUGAAGAAUUUUAUUUUGAUUUUUAGUAAAUUAUUAUUUUAAUUAGUAAAGUAAGUAUUCCUACAUAGGAAAAAGUUGCUUAGAGAAUUUAGAAUGCUGUUCUACUAAACAACAUUGCCUAUAAUUUGGGAAAUAUUUCACUUAAACCUGAACAUCAAAAGAUCUGUAGGCACAAAUUAUCCUUCAUAUUUGACAUUUUUUAUAAAAUGUUUAAGAAUGACAUGUUCUAGCAAGAAAAGAAAACAUAACCAUUAUAUUUCUAAGAUGAAAAGAACAGUUAUUUAUCCUAGCACUCUUAAAUAUAGUGACAAUCCCUGUACUGAGAGUGGAUCAAUGAACAUUGUAAGUUUACAUCAUUCUCUAAGAACUGUAUUGGGGCAGUGAAAAGGGGAGGUUGAUAUGCUUGCUUUACAAGGGAAUUUUGAGAAACUUGGUUUUAAUUUAUAGAGACAAAACAUGACAAUACAGGUGAAUGCCAAUGUUGUGUAAAUGUUCAGGAGAAUCAUGUUUUAAAAGAAUCAUUACUGCAGGUUAACUUGAGAUACAUUUUUCUAGAGUAAGCAAGAUAUCAUUUUUAGAAUUUGCUUUGAACCUCUUUUAAGAACACAUCUAUUGCAUAAAAGCAAGAAAUAGUUCGUAUUUUCCAGAACUAAAGGCUUAAGGGUUUUUCCCUUAAAAAUGUCUGAAAUUAUUUUGGUAUUUUCUUAAGCUAUUUAUGUAAUUUUAUUUGAAGUAAAUAGCUUAUAUAUUCCUUUCAUACCCCAAACAGAGUUCUAACAGUGUUGUGUUUGUAUGAUUAUUAGACUCUUUGCCUAAGUGAUACACUUUCUUUUGGCCCAUGCCUUUUUAAGCUGUUUCAUAUUGAAAGUUGGAAUAUUGUAAAAAUUUUGUCAAAGAUGUUCUGUAGUGCUAUUUGAAGUACCUGUAACAAAAUACAUAUUUACUUUUAAUAUCAUUGCAAACUUCUUGUGGAAACUUUAUAGGAAUGAAAAUAAACUGUAUACAUCCAUAAUAAGAUUUAGCAUUAGCUAUUAAGUGAUGAAUUGCUGCAUGCUAAAACUGUUAAUAUUGUUGAAUCAAUGACUGGUUUUCUGAAAAAAUAAACUUUAUAAAUAUCUUUAAAAAGAAUUAGAAGAAUUUUUGUUUGGCUGAUUCCAGAACAUAGCAUAACUUACAGAAGUAGUUUGAUUGAGGUAAUGUUUCUGUUUUACACUGCAAUAGAGCCUACAAUUUCAAAACAAAACAUGUGUGUUGAAGGAAAGUAGGUGGUGAUUUAAGUUCCUGAA